CAUCCCUGCAUGCCCCACCAUGAUUCCCACACGUGAAGACAUCAUCAAAUUCACCACAAUCGUGCCACACGCCAACGAAGGACAGGCCUUGUUAUUCCUGCAGGGAGCGGUCAGCCUCGAUGAUGCCCUCAGCCAAUUCUAUGACAACCCCCAGAAAUACACCAACCAUGCCGCUGCCGAUGCACCACCACAUAUCCAGAGUCAGGAUAUUGCUGCACCUCCCCCCUCCUACCAAACAAGUGUUGAUAACGAACGCCACUUAUUCGCGACCGCGCAUACAAAUCCGCUUAUCGAGGCGGCAAAAAUCCGCGCUCGCGAUGAGCAAGAUAUCCAGAACCGACUGCAACAAAUCCGCUGGAAUCACCAGAUCUUCAACGACGAGAUUGAACCGGAGCAUGAGGCGCAGAACAUACUCAACUGUGCCUGCGACAUCCACCGGUACCAGCUUCGGAAGCAGAACCGGCUGGAGGUGCUGAAGAAGUGGUCCGGGGCAGUCAUGUAUACUGGUGGGGAAAAUGAAAAGACUGGAUGCGAGAAGUAUUACGACGACUGUUCCCCCAUCCUCGUCUGGAACAGCAACCCCUACAGCAGAAUUACUACCCCGUAUGGCCCCGUCGGUCGCCGCAGACUGCAGAAACCGGAGCCUCGUUACCACGCUCAGUGGCUCGUUGAGACCCUCCGCCUGAAUGCUUCCCUCAAUGCAAAUGCUCAGAGAAUUGCGAAUCAAUACGAGCCACUGGAGAAUAUCUGGAAGAUUCCAGACGAGCUGGGGGCAUCUGGGGACGGCGAUAGCUCGGACUCGACCCACCAUUCCGACUCCCUCGGACCGUCUAGACUGAUGACGCAGAUGCGCAGAGCCCUCCACCUCCGGUCCUCGGAUGAGCGAGACGCCGUGCGACAAGCGAAGCGGAGAGACGACUAUCGGAGGCUGCGCGACCAGAUCGUCGCGGAGGAGACCGGGCGAUGGCCCGACGGCGAGACGCGACGCAUUGUCGCCGACUACCAGCAACGCGUGGGCCUGAGGCAGCGCAUUGCGGAGCUGCGUACACGAUGCCCCAUUCAGUAUCUGCAUCUCCUGCGCGCAGGCUACUUCGAGCCAAUCCCCGUCGCGUGGGCGACGCAGAACUCCAACCCGCUGAAGUUCCGGAUUGAGGCGACCGAGGGAUGGCGCGGCAUCACGCCGGCGUGGCGUGGAUUCGAGAACACAGCCGAGGAACGGCUGUACUGGGUGUUAAAUGACCGUGCCGGGGCUUCAGAGGGCCCUGAGGCAAGACGCUGGCUCAAACCCGACAGGAUCUCAGCCCUGAAGCUCGCGCAAGCACGCAUGGCGACCGCGAUCGACCCGCCGCCGGUGUACGAGGCUCUGGACGACACCUGCCACUUACAACAGACUUCAACCGCAGGCUACUCGCGCCAGGUCAUGCCAGCCCCGUUGCAGUCGGUAGACGCACCGGAAUCGCCGACAGACAACACGAUGAUUCUUUUGGACGUGUCGGGGUCGAUGGACUCCCCCCCCGUGCGACCCACCUACGAUCAGUACCUGAUCACCCGCUAUGAUCGGACGCUGCAACCCAAGAACAAAGGCAUAAUUUUCCAAAGCAUUUCAGCCCUUCUGGUCCCAUCACAACUAACCCUCAUUAACCGCGACGGCUACCGACUGGUGACCUUCGCCAGCAGGGCCACUGACAUGGGCUACAUCAACCACCGCAACCUCGACGCCGUCUGGGACAGUAUCCACGUGGGAGGCGGCACGCGCGUCAUGACGGGCUGGCAGCGCGUCAAGGACCUCCACUUCCAGCAGCACGCGGCGGCUGCGACCUACCACCCCGUGUACGGGUGGCAAGCCGGGCCCCAGAUGCCCAUUCUGCGGUUGCUGCUCCUGCUGGACGGCGAAGCGACCGACAUGGAUGAGUUCGAGCUGGAGCUGCUGAGUCUGUCGUGGGUCCAUGUGACGGUCUUCUUGAUCGGGGCGGACGGGUGUUCUCAUCACCAUCGGCAUGCCAACGAACUACAGCGCAUCAGCGAGAUCAAUCCGCACGUGGCCUUUGUCGAUGCACAGGGCAAUACCCCGGAGCGAUUUGUGACCCAUGAGCUGCUGAAGCGACAUCUCGGGUACAACGUGCCUCUGGCUGAAUUUGAGGAGUGGGAGCGACAGGAUCCCCCGGCUUACGAUACGUAGCUAGGCCCUAUCCUGGAUCGUAGUUUGUUUCGUUGACUACUAUACACUUUAUCGGCAAUUCGGCUUGAUCAGUAUACUGUAUGAUUGAAGAGGGGGUCGGCACAUACGCCCACAGGAUAUGGAACAAGGAUCUGGCGUCCAGCCGGGGGCUUAAAUGGCGGCAGAAUCGGUUGCGAUUAUUGGAUGUGGAUGAACUAAGCCCUAACAGCGUGCAGUUACGGUGUACACGAUGUCUGCAAGACAUCCAACUAUCCGAUUCCGGCCUGCUGUUCCAGGAACAUUUUGGGCGCUGCCGCCCUGGGCUGCAGCACUCGUGAGUGGAUAAUAUAAGUUCCUCCUCUGCAAAAGGACUUUGCUUUUCUUUCUCUUUGUCUUCAUGUGUGCACUCAUAAUACAAGCAAAUAUCUGCGUG